AUGAGUUAUAGUUACUUGCCCGAUCACCUGAAAUCAUGCUUCCUUUCUAUGGUAGCUUUUCCGGAAGGUUUUGAGGUUGAAACUCAUAGAUUGAUUCAAUUAUGGGUUGCUGAUGGUUUUCUAAGGAAUGAAAGGGUCAAAAGCUUGGAAGAAAUUGGAAAAGAAUGGCUGGAGGAUCUUAUUAGUAGGAACUUAAUAAUGGUUAUAAAACGGAGACUCAAUGGCGAGAUGAAAACAUGUGGCGUUCAUGAUCUGGUGCGCGACAUGAUUUUAAGACAAGCUGAAAAAGAGAAGUUUAUGCAGGUAACCAGAAUUCAUAAAGUCAUAAGAAAAUUCAAUGAUUCUGCUUGUAAGCCUUAUAUUCGUCGUUGUAGUUUCCAUUCAACCAUUUCUCCGAGUGAUUGCUGGAAUUCAUCCUCUAGUUUCACCCGAACUUUAUAUUUAUUAAAUGGACUAAAACUUGUAUCGCCCCUUUCUAAACAAGUACCUUUUUUAGCGCGCUUCAAACUUCUAAGAGUGUUGGCAAUCCUUCAGUAUACUUUCCGAGAAUUCCCUCUCGAGUUAACAAAAUUAGUACAUCUCAGAUACCUUGAAUUCAACUGUUAUGAUGAUCUUCACAGGUCAGUGUCCGAGCUGUAUAAUCUGCAAAACUUGGUUUUUGGCGGACACUCUAAUUUACCAGUAUCGGAUAUCUGGAAAAUGAAACUUUUGAGGCAUCUUCAGGUAAGAAAGAUCUCUUCUUUUCGUGUUCCAUCGAGUAAAGAAGGGUCCGGUUACAAGCUACAAAAUCUCGAGGGACUUUCAGAUAUAAGUAUUUCCUGUUGUACUAAGGAAUUGUUUACUGGUUUUCCCAAUCUAAAGAGGCUGAAAAUUCAUGGCGCUUGGGCAGAAUGCAGGAGAGAUAUGAUUUUCCAGACGCUAAAUAACCUUUCGUGUUUAAAUAAGCUUGAAAUAUUGAAGAUAAUCUGCUCCAGAAAAUUAUACCCGCACCUUCUCCCAAGUAAGUAUGCUUUGCCUACAUCUCUGAAGAGGUUGACAUUAAGAUGUACUUAUUUACCAUGGGAAGACAUGGCUAAUAUUGUAACACUGCCAAAUCUCGAAGAGCUUAAAAUUAAAGACAAUGGAUUUAAUUUGACGGCGACGACAAAUCUGAAGCAUUGGGACGCUGGCAGUGUUAACUUCCCAAUGCUGAAACGCCUAGUUCUGAAACGAUGCUUAUACCUGGAGGAAAUUCCUAAAGAUAUUGGCAAAAUUUGUACGUUGGAGUCAAUAGAGUUGCAUAACUGCAGAAGUUCUGUUGCAAAAUCCGUCAAAGAAAUUCAAGAAGAGCAAGAGAGCAUGGCGAAUGAUAACCUUAGUGUUCGCGUCAGCGAGAAACCUUGUGAGAUUCAAACUAUCUCAAAAAAAUACUUCCAAAUCAGUUACAGAAUCAAGGCACCAUCCAUAGCAUCAACAAAUAGAAGAAAAGAUCGAAGAUUUGAUGAUGCUAAAACAAAGGAAGUCUAG